UUCUCUUUCUCUUUAUGUGCUUCCUGGGGGGAAAUGGCUUCCUUUGCCUCUCAGAAGCUGGAAGAAAAGUUAGUAUGUUGCAUUUGUCUGGAGAUGUUUACUACCCCUGUGACUGUGCCUUGUGGACACAGUUUUUGUGAGAAGUGCAUCAGCAGCCACUGGGACAAAGAAGAAGAAGGACUAAAUUGUCAGAAGACCUGCACUUGCCCUGAAUGCAGAACAUGCUUUCCAGAGAGACCCAAACUUAGCAAAACCGUCCAGCUUGAAAACCUGGUAGAGCUGCUGAAACUGGAAGAAGUGGCCCCAGGGGUCCCAGAAGUGGAGAUGAGGAAGGCAGUUGAUUCUCAGGCAAGGAAAUGCCCCCAUCAUGGCCGGCCCUUGGAACUUUACUGUGUAACUGAGAAACGCUGCAUCUGCUGUGUGUGCACUGUGAGAAGCUGCCAAAAGCACAAGAGGGCUCUCUUCGAAGAGGAACGGAAAGCUCAAGAAGAGUCAAUCAAGGAAACCUUGGAAGAAAAACAGAAAGCGGCAGAAAGAAUUGCGGCAGAAAUACAGAAACUGGAGCAGCAGAUGAACCAUGUUAGAGUUUUCUCAAUGAAGUUCAGUUCAGGAAAUUUGCAAAAGUUUGAUCAUCUCGUGGAAACUCUAAAAGAAUGCCAGAAGAAAGUGUCGAAGAUGGCAACAAGUGAGCAUGCUGCUUUGCUAAAGCAAAUGGAGGAGAACCGGAAUUGCCUACAGCAUCAUUUGGAGACUGUCACGCAAUACAACAGGACAGCGGAAGGGCUGCUGAGCUGUGUGGAUGAUAUCGUGUUUCUUGAAGAGCAACAUCUCCUCUCUCCACCUAAUAAAUUGGAAGCUCCUCCAGUCAUUCAAUUUGAUUUGGAUAACAGUGCACAUAUGGUCACCAAAUUCUUCACUGAAUUCUUCAGGGUUUUGGAGGAACUUCAGUCAAAUCUUGAUUUGAAUCCACAAAUGGCUGGCAGAAAAAUCAGACCUGAGCCAAAAGUAUUUGUGAAGAGAAUGCCUGGAUUUUGUCUUUCACAGAAUGAACUAAGGACAAAGCUUCUAAAGGAUCAACAGAAUUUGACAUUUGAUCCAGUCACAGCCAACAAAUACCUGCAGAUAUCUGAUAAUAACCAGAAGGCAACUCAUCCCCAAGGUUUUCAAAAGCCAAAACCAAAUGACCCUCAAAGGUUUGAGCCAUGGCAAGUCAUGUGUACUCAGAACUUCAGCCAAGGCAGUCACUACUGGGAAGUAGAGUUAUCUGACCACUCCGUCAUGGUUGGCGUAGUGUGCCAAACAUUCACCAGAUUGAAACAGGCUCAUCAGAAGUUCACCAUUGGGUUGGAUAAAUUCUCCUGGGGCCUACAUAUCCAGGAAGACAGCUACAUGGCUUGGUACAAUGACAAGUCUACAAAGAUAAAAGAACCUCUGUGCAAAUUCAUUGGAGUUCUAUUGGACUGUGAUCAAGGAAUGAUAUCCUUUUACAGCAUAGACAAUAAUAUGAAAUGCCUUCAUGUUUUUCACGCCACCUUUACAGAGCCUCUAGUUCCAAUUUUCUGGCUUUGUGAAGGUACAGCCGUGACUCUUUGCCAAAGGCUGCCCAGCCAGAUUUAACUGUUGAGAAGUCACCUGGUUUACAAGUAUAGGCAAAGACUGCCCCUAUGGAAAAACUCUGAGUAAGCAAAUACCUCUCGAACAUUGAAAAAAAAUUAAGCUACUUGGCUGUACAAGAGACAAUUCUUCUCUGUCUUUUAUAGUUGUAAAUUCCAGGUACAGAUGUAGUUAGAUGCUUAUACAGCACAGAAUCUAAUACGUGUGUUUUUGGGGCCGCAUAAAGCUUUCUGACAAGCUACAAAAUUAAGAAAUGAAUAGCAAUAAAGAAAUAGUUUAAACAUAAUUAACUUUUAAUUGGGAAAUUGUCAUAGCCAAUAAAGAAUCAAGUUGGACAGAAAGAAAAUGCA